AUGGCCUGGCGCGCGCUCAUCUCGCGGCGGCUCCACGAGCUGCGCAUCGUCUGCUGCCCCGAGUCGCCGGCGAGCGCGCCCGUGCGGUCCUUCCUCGCGAACAACUACGAGGGGCUCAAGACGCUGAACCCCAAGUUCCCCUUCCUCGUGCGGACCGGCGAGGCCGACCCCUACUUCCUCGCGACCUACGGCUACGGCCACACGGAGAAGAAGUCGCUCGCGGGCCUCGACGAGGCCGAGGUCGUCGCGGCGCUCCAGGACCUCGUCGCGCUCGGCGAGAAGCACCCGCGAUCAUGGGCCGCCUCCGAGGACCUCCCGCCCGCCGUCGUCAAGGCGGUCUAG